UUCACGCGGAGCAGACGCUACACCGUUUGCGCGGAUAGACCGUAGAAGGACCUUGCACAAUUCGUCUUCGGGAGGUGGUGUUUUUAUUGUUUUAUUGACACAACGCGUGCAGCGCAACAACAGCAACAGCCCCUCAGUGUGUGUUUGUGUGUCUGUGCAUCUGUGCGAUACGAAUGGUGACAAACAAAGACUAAGAGGAUUAAGUUGCCGUAAGAGUGAGCCCAGUUUAUCCUAAGCAAAUUUGUUUGAAAACAUUCGCCGAAUCCCGAAGGGAAGGAUCAGUAUUUCAAUAUGUUGUCGAUCAAGCGCCUACUGCUUGGUCUCACCAUCGUGACAAUUGGCACUGUUUCUUCCUAUAAAGAUGAUCUCCAUGACUACGCCCCACAAUACGCUCACCCGGCGUACUCGUUCAGUUACGGCGUGAAGGAUCUGCAUAGUGGCGACGUCAAGUCACAGUGGGAGACGCGCGAUGAUGGCAUCGUCAAGGGGCACUACAGCGUCGUCGAGCCGGAUGGUUCGAUCCGUGAGGUCGACUAUACGGCCGACUCGAAGACGGGCUUCAAUGCGGUCGUCAAAACGCACGGUCCGAAUGCGCACCCGGUGAAGGAUGAGCAUAAUGAGCAUCACCAUUACUACGACGAGCAUCAUUCGCAGUCGAAGAUUAAUCAUUUCAGCAAGGGACAGGAUCAUCUGAUUCUGAGCUCCGAUCUGCCCCAUCACGAGAAGGAAAUUGCCGAGAUUAGCGAGAAAAAGCGUCCGAUUCCAUCGAUCCUGGAGCUGAAGCCGCAUGUCAAUCUAGAGAAACCACUGGUCGCUUACAAGCACUACGAACCACCGAAGACGAUCUUUAAGCACUACUCGUACGAUGAGCUGAAACCGCAGCACUCGAGCGGCUCGGAGUACGAGCACGGCCACAAACACUACGCCCCGGAAUCGUCGGACUUCUUCUCGGAGUCGGUCGAGGACGAUAAGGAUCUGUUUAAGCCGAGCAUCCGCAUCGAGGAAGUGAAAGCGCCGGAUCUGUCGAAGCUGCGGCCAAUCUCGCCGGAUGUGGACUUUUCGAAGAUCACGGAAAGUGAACUCGGUCCGUACUACACGAAGGACAGCUUCCGGCCGUUCGCUCAGUACAGCAACACCGUGUCGCACCCGGUGACGCUGCAGAAGGCCAAGGUGCACACGGUGCACGUGGACAGUCGGCCGAAGAAAAACCUGCUGAAACCGCUCACCACGCCCGGGCUGAAGAACUUUGCUUCACCGUCGGUCUACAAGUUUAAUGCGCGCACUGGGCCCGUCCACCGGCCCACCGAUUACUCCAGCUACUUCAAGGGCAAGGGAGCGAGUCGCCAGUCACGCACCGGGCCCGUCCUGUUCGUCCCGAACGAGCAGAAGGAAGCGUCACAGCGCAUGGUCCAGUCGAUGCUGUCACGGCAGCCAUCGCGCAAACAUCCGGUCUAUGCUACUAAUUACGCUUAAGGCUUAAGGUGGUGUGGGGGACGGGAGGUAACCGGCCUCCCAAAAUGUCCCCACCAUGCACAGUGCAAUACAAUCACGAGCAAACCGUCGUGCGUGAUAGUCUAAUUUAAAAACGAAAGGAAGCAAUUCAUAACUCGCUAGUAUAAAGGCACGGCUCGAAGGGAUCUGUUGCGUCUUACAAAUA